AUGGCUCAGGAAACCCUUGCCGGUUGGGUAGGAAAUUACCUUACGAGAUCCUCCGGUGUGAAGGUAGUGUUUGAAUCUGCAAUUGUACCCCGGUGGGGAGACGGUGUCAUCACUUUUAAGAACGUUUUCGUCUCCAGAAGACCAGGUCAGGGUACUGGCCAUGUUAGUAAAGGUUCCUCGAAGACUGCUGCUGCUGUGGCCGCAGCUGCAGCUCUUAACGAACAACCUAGCUCCGACGUAUCGGAACCGCGACCGUCGUCUGAUGAGGAAGAUACGAACUACACACAGUUCGACUUAUCAAUCGAGACCGUCAACGUCACGCUGUCGUUCACUAAAUGGAUCAAUGGUAAAGGACUUCUUCGUGAUGUCGAAGUGAAGGGGCUACGGGGCGUGGUGGACCGUAGACAUGUCUACUGGCCAAAUGUCGACUUGGACCCUAAAUCCUACCGGCAUGAGCACAAUCCUGGCGACUUCGAGAUCGAUUCCUUCAAGAUGAACGAUGUCCUUGUCUCGGUUUACCAGCCGGACAAUUUUAGACCAUUCUCCGUUAGCAUAUUUUCGUGCGAUCUCCCACAGCUAAGAAAGCAGUGGCUUUUCUAUGAUUUCAUGUCUGCUAAUAUGAUGUCCGGGUCAUUUGACAAUUCCCUGUUCACAAUUCAUCCUCGCCAAACCCACAGUUUUACGGGCGCCCGAUUGGGUGGCCAGGAUGACCGGGAUGACAAGCCAAACCCCUGGAAGAAACAUAGCAGGAUUCGCAUCGACGGGCUGAAUAUCGACCAUCUAAACCGAGGGGUGCAAGGCCCCUUUUCCUGGAUCCAUGAAGGCACAGUUGAUAUCGUUGCCGACAUCAUGUUCCCCGCGGAAAAUGAUGAAAGCCUGACCAAGGUAAUGACCGAUCUAUACGAUCGACUGGAAGCUACCGUAACGUCCAACCGGUAUGACGACCCGACCUCGUAUAGCGCGGAUCAGACUGGCGAAAUCGUGACCAGCGAUCAGAGACGGUUCUUGAUCACCGACCUCCGGCUACACUUGAACAAUGUUAAAGCGGUCGUGCCUCUUUUUACACGAGAUCUUUCCUACAUCAAUAAUGCCUUGAUACGCCCCAUGGUCGCGUACAUCAAUUCACGGCGAACUUUCAUUCCCGUCAACUGUCGCCUAGUCAAACGCCUAGGCGAUUUCGAUGGCAGCUGGACCACCUUCGAUAGUGGUUUGAUGGAUGACCUUUCGGCGGCAGUAUACGAUGCGUUUGCGCGAGACGUGGUCGAUGACCAGGCACGCAAGCGACGGUUCAAGAAAGUUGGUUUCUGGUCUCUUCAGCUAGCGGCCCAGGCUAUUUUCAUGGGAAUGGCUGGCAACAUAGCAUGA